AUGUCAAGCCAAGGACCAUACAACUAUUCUUAUAUAUUCAAAUACAUUAUUAUCGGUGAUAUGGGGGUUGGAAAAAGUUGUUUGUUACAUCAAUUUACGGAGAAAAAAUUUAUGGCUGAUUGUCCUCAUACAAUUGGUGUCGAAUUUGGAACAAGAAUCAUUGAAGUUAACGGACAGAAAAUAAAAUUACAAAUAUGGGAUACUGCCGGUCAAGAACGUUUUCGUGCUGUAACAAGAAGUUAUUAUCGUGGCGCAGCUGGUGCAUUGAUGGUUUACGAUAUAACACGCCGAGCAACGUACAAUCAUUUAAGUGGAUGGUUAACAGAUGCAAGAUCUCUAACAAAUCCAAAUACAGUCAUUUUUCUAAUUGGUGCGUCUACGAUAUUUUCACGGGUGUUUUCAUAUGUAGCUUUGUACAUGGAAAAGAGGAGGUUGGGAGGUAAUAAAGCUGAUUUAGAUGGUCAGCGUGAAGUAACCUAUGAAGAGGCAAAACGUUUUGCUGAUGAAAAUGAUCUAUUAUUUUUGGAAACAUCGGCAAAAACAGGUGACAAUGUUGAAGAUGCAUUUAUUGAAACCGCGCGAAAAAUUUAUCAAAAUAUUCAAGAUGGUUCAUUGGAUUUGAAUGCAGCUGAAACAGGUGUACAACCCAAACCACCAUCAAAUCGUUUAGGACCAAAUGGCGUUAGAGAAGAUGGACAAGAUGGAAAAGAUUCUAAAUGUCAAUGUUAA